UCUUUCAGAUAUAAGGCUGCAGCUAAACGAGCAGCUGAGAUGUCUCGACGUGAGAAUGGAGUCCCAGGUGGCCCUGGUUGCCGAACUGCAGGACUUCUUCCGCAGACGAGCCGAACUCGAGCUCGAUUACAGCAAAUCCCUUGACAAAAUGGCGAGAAGUAUACAAAUGCGGCACAAAGAGCAAAAGCAAAAGAGGGAGCAAUGGCCACUGUUCUCCAGCUACGCUUGCUGGCAGCAACUUGUCAAUGAGACGAAAAAUCUGAGCCGCGAUCAUGCCGCGCUUUCCGAGGUCUACAGCACUCACCUGGUCGGAAGACUUAAUCAAGUCAUCGAAGAUGUUCAGCGAAUUUACAGACGUUGCCGAGAAAUUGGGUAUGAAACACACGAAGAAAUCUUGAGGGUACUUCACGAGCUUCAUACGACGAUGAAAACAUACCAAGCUUAUCAAGCUGAGUCACGACAAGCAGAGACAAAAUUACGCGUUGCUGAACAACAGCGUAGUAAACUUGAAGUCACAAAUGUACCGCCAGAGAAACUUGCACGUAGCAAGAAGUACAAGCUCAUUGAGAAGGAAGUGACUAAGAGAAAGAACAAAUACACGGAGGCCAAGCUGAAAGCACUCAAGGCUAGAAAUGAGUACAUUCUUUGUCUAGAGGCGUCCAAUACAACGAUUCAUAAAUAUUUCGUUGACGACCUGUCGGAUCUCAUUGAUUGUAUGGACUUUGGGUUUCACAAUUGCAUCGCACGGGCAUUGUUGAUGCACUGCAGCGCGGAAGAGGGAAGACAGCGGUCGCUGCAAACAAGCGCCGAGCAGCUGACAAAUAUUAUUAACGCUCUGGAUUCUCGUGCAGACAAACAGCGUUUUCUUGAAUCACAUCACGCGGCGUUUAUGAUCCCCAAGAAGUUUGAAUUCCAGUGCCAACGAGGUGAUGAAACUCCCGAACCAGAAUUACAGAAGAUACUACACUCUGAAAUGGAACAACGACUGGGACAAUUGCAGCAACGCGUUACCUCUCUCAGAACCGAGUCUGAGGAGGUGUGGAAGACCUUAGAGACCGCUGAGGCUAGUCUUUUAGAAAUGCUUACUGCCAAGGACUACGAUUGCUCGCGAUACUUUGGUGAAAACUGCAUGCCAACCUCCAGGCCACCUGAGACUGUUCAGAUCAAAUUACGCGCUGACAGGCAGGAAACCGAAGAAUUUUAUCUUACGAAAUUUCGAGAAUACCUGCUUGGAACAUCGCGAAUAGCCAGACUCGACGCUAAGCAAGAGUACAUAAGGCAAAGUCUUCAAGACGGCUCCAAUGGAAGCCCAAAUCCUUCCAUCACCACGUCUAAGCAGAAACAAGCGCGUAGAAAGAGAAUUGGUAGACUGCAGAUGAACGGACAGCCAAAGUUAUUCGGUGGUUCUUUGGAGGAGUAUCUCGAGAGCACGAAUUUAGAGAUACCUUUAAUAAUGAAGAGCUGUAUAAGGGUUAUAAAUCUGUACGGUCUUCAUCAUCAGGGCAUAUUUCGAGUGUCUGGCUCUCAAGUUGAGAUAAAUAACUUCAGAGAGUGGUUCGAACGGGGUGAAGAUCCACUUGCUGACGUGACAGAUGCCUCAGAUAUUAACAGUGUUGCCGGGGUGCUAAAGUUGUACUUGAGGGAAUUGCGUGAACCACUCUUCCCUAUUAUUUAUUUCGAGCAUCUAAUGGAAUUGGCGCAGCUCGAAUCUAAGCAUGAGUUUGUCUUAAAAAUGAAACAGUUGAUAUCGAGUCUGCCGAGGCCGGUUGUUAUAGUAAUGCGAUAUCUGUUUGCCUUUCUUAAUCACCUCUCGGAAUUUUCAGACGAAAACAUGAUGGACCCGUACAAUCUUGCAAUUUGUUUCGGGCCGACUUUGGUGCCAGUGCCCGAGGACAAAGAUCAAGUACAGUAUCAGAAUCAAGUUAACGAACUGAUUAAAAAUAUAAUAACACUCUGCGAAGAAAUAUUCCCUGAUGAUAUCGGCGGGAUUCAGUAUGAAAAAUACAUCAGCCGAGAGCCUGACGAUGUCGACGUUGGUGACUCUCCAACAGAUCAGGUUCAAGAAGAUAUGGACUCCGAAGUGUAUCCAUCAGAAGAUGAGUCUGAAAACUUAGAAGCAACAGCACAAUUCGACUUUAACGCCCGAUCUGAGCGUGAAUUAAGCUUCAAGAAAGGCGAUACUCUGACACUUUAUAUGCAAGUAAGCUAUGACUGGUGGCGUGGCUCCGUGGGCGGAAGAGAGGGUUUAAUUCCUGACAAAUAUAUCAUGCUCAAAAUCAAGGACGAAGAGCGAGACAAAGAGCUAUUGAAAUCAUCAAGCGAAGAAUCGAUGCGACGUAGAGCUUCGAGUUCCGCAGACAGCGCGCCAUCGAGUAACAAUUCGCCAUUGAUGGCACCAACGAAUAAUCCAAACGCGUGGCCGAACGUCAACACGUCGGAUAUUAUAACAACGUCGUCUUCCGGUACUGGAUCUCUGCUGCAUCACUCAGACGUAAUCAAUACCAACAGCUCUAGCUCUGUGAUUAGCACCUCGAGCAACAACGUCAUACCAGCUACGGCGAUGGCGAAUGCAGUUAAUACUUGCAUCUCGUCCUCUCAAGCGAUCAUCAGUCGAGAGGAACAGACGUCAGUGAACCCGAGCAAAAUGACAUCGAGUCCAGGAAACGAGAAAAUACACCCAACGGAUCAGUAUCAUCAGUCGAGCACACCGAACGACGAGAGUGAGAGCGUAAAUGAUUUCUUGGAUUCGCUUUCAACGAUGAGCGAGCAGGCUAAUCUUGACGACGUAGACGAUAAUAAUCAAGAGCACCAAGUGUCAUCAAUGAAUGCGGGUGGACUGAGAGGGUCUGGUCGGAAGCAGUGGAAAUCCCAGACCCUGACAGAGACCAUCAGCAGCCAGCCGUCUCUACACUUGAACGAUAGCGACAACAACGACGAAGAUAACAGCAAAGAAGCUACAACAUUUUCAGCUAACAGAGAAUUGUGGCAAAAACGAGCCAACUCACAGACACAAUUGACCCCACCAGUUCCUCCCACGACGCCGAAGAACUUCCGCGCUUCUCAGGAAUUCCGGGAGAUGCGUCAAAAGCACACCCCCGACCUGGUAAUGGAUCUUCCUCUGGCCGCGCAAGACGCCAGCAAAAAAUCAGCUUCCUCCAGCAGCUUAAACAGUUCCGACGAUGAAAAUUCUUUAGCUCCACCGACUCGCAACGGCUCGGAAAAAUCUCCGAGCAAUGGACCCGAGUCUCCGGAUAUGAGCACCGCCGCCGAGCGGUUCGCCAAGCAGAAUCAAUGCACGCUCAAGAAGAAUACCAAGUCGGGGAAUACCAACAUCUCGAACAAUUUAACGGACACCGGCAGAAUAAAAAGUCUGGUAGGCACUGACGGGGAGAUCAACGACCACGUUGGCAAUUUAAAGGACAAUAUUGUCAGAUCAGCUAGCAAUAACGAAAUUUCUUCAGACAAUGUUCCGUUACGUUCCCCGCUGCCUCCCCGGUCGACCCCGCUGAUCGCCGCUAAGUUCGCGGACAUGCGGCUUACUGGCGGGAGCCAACAGGUCUCUUCCUUCAAGCCUCAGGUUAAGGUCAAGCCGACCAUUCUCCGCAAGCCGACCGUUCCCUUCCCUCAUCCUCACAUGAGUCCUGAGCUCGCGAGAAAAAUUGAGAAACAAGUUCAGGGUACUGAUUAG